AAAAACAUAACGCACGAUUCUCACACCAGUUUCCACUACUAUUACUACUACUGCUGCCUUUUCCAUUUCUAUCUUUUAAAGCCCUAGAAACUUCAAUCCCAUCUCUUCUCUGCUCCAGAUUCUCAUAACGCUCCAUCCUCUCUCUCUCUCUCUAUUAGCUCUAUAUCUAGUUCCGAUAGAUAAGUUUUGUUCGCUGAGCAGUUUGAUUUUGAUCUCCGUCUUAAGCCGAAACUCCGACAAGUUUCUUUGUCGAAUUUCGGCUUUUCAUUUCUCUGAAGAUAUUUUUGUUACGUUGACUCGAGAAAGAUAUAGUUUCUCUUAGCCUUCUCUCCUAAGAGGGGUGUUUCAUAUUGAUUUUUUCUUGUCUGUUAAAUAUUCAACCAUAAAGAUGACAGUCAGGACCCCUGGAACACCCUCUUCCAAAAUUGAUAGGACCCCAGUUUCAACCCCAGGUGGGCCAAGGGCCAAGGAAGAGAAGAUUGUGGUUACCGUGCGGUUGAGGCCCUUAAGUAAGAGGGAACAAUUAGCCAAAGAUCAAGUAGCAUGGGAAUGUAUUGAUGAUAACACCAUUGUUUAUAAGCCAACAUAUCAGGAGCGUUCAUCUCAACCUGCCACAUUUACAUUUGAUAAAGUUUUUGGUCCCUCUAGUUUAACCGAAACGGUAUAUGAUGGAGUGAAAAAUGUUGCAUUGUCUGCAUUAAUGGGCAUCAAUGCUACUAUAUUUGCUUAUGGACAAACUAGCAGUGGGAAGACAUACACAAUGAGAGGAGUGACUGAGAAGGCUGUUAAUGACAUCUACAACCAUAUACUAAAUACUCCAGAAAGGGAUUUUAACAUUAAAAUAUCUGGGCUUGAAAUAUAUAAUGAAAAUGUCAGAGAUCUGUUGAAUUCAGAUUCUGGUCGAAAUCUGAAGCUUCUGGAUGAUCCAGAGAAAGGAACUGUGGUUGAGAAAUUGGUAGAGGAAACUGCAAAAGAUGAUCAGCAUUUGAGACAUUUGAUCAAUAUUUGUGAGGCUCAAAGACAAGUUGGAGAAACUGCUCUAAAUGAUACCAGCUCACGCUCACACCAGAUAAUUAGGCUGACAAUAGAAAGCACAGUCCGUGAAAAUUCAGGUUGUGUAAGGUCUUUCGUUGCAAGCCUGAACUUUGUAGAUUUAGCUGGAAGUGAAAGGGCUUCACAGACACAUGCAGAUGGUGCUAGGCUCAGGGAAGGUUGCCAUAUUAACCUCAGCCUGAUGACUCUCACAACUGUAAUCAGAAAGCUGAGUGUGGGAAAAAGAAGUGGUCACAUACCCUAUAGAGACUCAAAGCUUACUCGCAUACUGCAGCAUUCACUUGGUGGAAAUGCACGCACUGCCAUUAUUUGCACAUUGAGUCCUGCACUGACCCAUGUCGAACAAUCUCGAAACACUCUCUUAUUUGCCUCCCGGGCAAAGGAAGUAACGAAUAACGCUCAAGUGAACAUGGUUGUCUCAGACAAACAACUAGUAAAACAUCUACAAAAGGAAGUUGCAAGACUGGAAGCAGAGUUAAGAACACCUGAUCCAGCAAGAGAGAAAGAUAUGAAAAUCCAACAGAUGGAAAUGGAAAUUGAAGAACUGCGACGUCAAAGAGAUCUUGCUCAAUCACAAGUAGAUGAGUUGCGCAAAAAACUAGAUGACGACCAGCAGGGUUCAACUCCAAUUGAAUCACCCCGCACCUCCGUGAAGAAGUGUCUUUCCUAUUCCGAGGCAUUCUCCAGAAAAUCUGAUUCCAAGGAUCUAGGCCGUGUGGAUAAAGUAAGAAGUACAAUGUUAAGGCAAUCUAUGAGGCAAUCAUCCGCUGCUCCUUUCACACUAAUGCAUGAGAUUCGCAAACUUGAACACCUUCAAGAGGCACUUGGAGAAGAGGCAAAUCGAGCUUUGGAAGUACUACAGAAGGAGGUUGCUUGUCACAGGCUUGGAAAUCAAGAUGCAGCAGAAACGAUUGCUAAGCUGCAAGCCGAAAUUCGGGAAAUGCGUUCUGUUCGAUCAGCCCCAAAAGAAGUCGAGGUUGGAAAUGUGAUUGCUACUAACAAAAGUGUGAGUGCUAAUCUCAAGGAUGAAAUCACUAGACUUCAUUCACAGGGCAGCACUAUUGCAGAUCUUGAGGAGCAGCUUGAAAAUGUUCAGAAGUCUAUUGACAAAUUGGUGAUGUCUCUUCCUAAUAAUUUUCAGCAGCCAAACUUUGACCCGUCCCCAAAGACUAACAAGGAGUUUAAAAAGAAAAGGUUACUUCCUUUGGCUUCUAGUAAUGCUGCUAACCGUCAAACCUUCAUAAGAUCCCCCUGCUCGCCUCUAUCAACCACUCAGCAAGUUUCUGAGCCUGAGAUUGAAAACAGAUAUCCCGAAAAUGAUGAUAAUCUGUCCAUUGAUACUCUUCCGGAGUCCGAGAAGGAGACUCCCACAAAGAGUGAAGAAGGUGGAGAUGUUUCAUCAAAAGAAAACACUCCAGUUGGGUACCGACGUUCUAGUUCUGUUAACAUGAAGAAAAUGCAGAAGAUGUUCCAAAAUGCGGCAGAAGAGAAUGUAAGAAGUAUAAGAGCUUACGUAACUGAACUGAAAGAAAGAGUGGCCAAGUUGCAAUACCAAAAGCAGCUACUUGUUUGCCAGGUUUUGGAGCUGGAAGCAAAUGAAGCAGCAGGGUACAACAUAGAGAAUGAUGAGAACAAAUGUGAGCCAGAGAUGCCUCAGGUUUCCUGGCAAAUUACAUUCAAGGAGCAAAGGCAACAGAUUAUUGAACUCUGGGACUUGUGUUUUGUCUCCAUCAUUCAUAGAACACAAUUUUAUUUGCUAUUCAAGGGAGACCCAGCUGAUCAAAUAUACAUGGAAGUGGAGCUUAGACGCUUAACAUGGCUACAACAUCACCUGACACAGCUUGGGAAUGCAAGCCCUGCUCCUGGUUCUGGGGGAGAUGAAGCCACGGUCUCUCUUUCAUCAAGCAUUAGAGCAAUAAGACGUGAAAGAGAGUUCCUUGCAAAAAGGUUGACUUCACGUUUGACCGCAGAGGAGAGAGAUAUGUUGUACAUGAAAUGGGAUGUACCUCUUGAAGGAAAGCAGAGGAAAAUUCAGUUUGUUAAUAAACUUUGGACAGAUCCUCAUGAUGCUAAGCACAUUCAAGAGAGUGCAGAAAUAGUUGCAAAGCUUGUUGGGUUUUGUGAAGGAGGCAACCUCUCUAGGGAGAUGUUUCAACUUAAUUUUGCUCUUCCAGGUGAUAAGAGGCCUUGGCUUGUGGGCUGGAACCAACUCUCCAAUCUUCUUCAUUUGUAGUAUUUUUCUUCAUUUGUAGGCCUUGGCCUUGGCUUUUGGGCUGGAACCAACUCUCCAAUCUUCUUCAUUUGUAGUCUUUUUCUAUUUAUUCAUUUUUUGUUGUAA